CGUUACUGCCUCUCCUCCUCUCCCUCCCAACGCCACCCAUUUCGAGAUGUUCGCUGCGGCCGGUGGGCUCUCCCUCGUCCCGCAGCCCUUCGACGGCCCUGCUGCGGCCGCCGUUGCCAAGCACGCGUCGCGGUGCCGUCUCCCUCCCCGGAGGAGGAGUCUCUUCCUCGGGAGAGCCGCCUGCGCCGCGAGGCCCGCCACUUCCGGAGGGAGCGGCGUUGACCAAGAGGAAGCGUCUCGCGAGGAGGCCUCCAGAAUCGGCGAUGCUGACCCCCGCCAACUCCGGAGGUCUGCUGAUUGGAGGGCAGCAAGAGCUUACAAAGAUAGUGGCGUGCUCUUUGAUGGCAAGAUUGAAGCCUUCAAUAAUGGGGGCCUGCUGAUUCGAUUUUAUUCACUUCUUGGCUUUCUCCCUUACCCUCUUCUUAGUCCAUCCCACUCAUGUAAAGAUCCAUCAAGAACCAUUCAAGAUAUAGCAAAAGAUCUAGUAGGCUCAUCUAUUUCUGUAAAGAUAAUUGAAGCAAAUGAGGAGGAAAAAAAGCUCAUCUAUUCUGAGAAAGAUGCCGCGUGGUCAAAAUAUUCUAGCCAAAUUAAUGUUGGCAAUGUUUUUGAUGGAAGAGUGGGUUCCUUAGAAGACUAUGGUGCAUUUGUUCACCUACGUUUCCCUGAUGGUUAUUAUCAUUUAACUGGACUGGUGCAUGUCACUGAGGUUUCCUGGGAUUUGGUUCAAGAUGUGAGAGAUUUUCUACAUGAAGGAGAUGAAGUCAAGGUCAAAAUCAUUCAGAUAGAUAAAGAAAAAUCAAGGAUUAAUCUGUCGAUUAAGCAGCUGGAGGAUGAUCCUCUUAUGGAGACAUUGGAUAAAGUAAUUCCUCAGGAAGGUCAACUUGUGUCUGAUAGUAUCGAUACAUCUUCUAGUAUGAACAUCGAGCCUCUUCCAGGACUUGAGAGCAUAUGUAAAGAACUACUACAGGAGGAUGGCAUAAGUGAUGUACAAUUAGGGCGUCAAGGAUUGGAGAAGCGUGUUGUCUCACAAGACUUGCAGCUUUGGCUUUCAAAUGUACCAGCCAAAGACAAGCAGUUUACACUCCUUGCUAGAGCUGGAAGACAGGUCCAGGAGGUGUACUUGACAACUACACUUGAUCAGGAUGGCAUAAAGAAGGCUGUGCAGCGUGUACUGGGUAGAGUACCUUGAGAUUCAGGUCAAAUUUAUGAUGAUAUAGAUAUGCAUCUGUGUGCUCUGAUGCAGUCGUCAAGUUCUUAAUCAUAUGAAAUAGUUCAAUGUACACAUGGUGGACAAACCAGUUUAUAUUGCUGGUUUUCUGCUUAAUUAUUUUUUUUUCCUCAUUCAAUUCUCAGAAGUGAGAAUACAUUUGAAUGAUUACAGAGAUGAAUAUUAUCUUUUAAGAAUGCUGGUCUUUGGCACCCAUCACAACAAAACCUGUUCACAUUUUAAAUAUCUUUUCCGGUAAUCAUUGUUGAUGUAAUUGUUACAUUAAUGCACUAUGAAGCAAUUGCAUAAUUCUGGCUGUCA